ACGUAGGAUAUAAAAUCAUCUAAUUCUCUUCGUCCUUAUCCUUAAAAAUUUACAAAAUAACCGUUUCUAGUUGUGAACUUACAAUUAACCCACCGAAACACAUUUAUUUGCACAUUCUCUAUUUUUUGUGUAAUCUUAAAUCUCGGUAUAAUACUACUGCCCAAGAAGAAUACAAUAUACCAGCUCACCUUCUCUCUUUCUUUUCACUCUGUCUUUCUCAUUUCUCUGCCUUUAAAGCUCCUGUAUCAGGCCCUUCUCAAAGCUUCACAGAUCUUGUACGUAUUAAUUUAUUGAUAUAUACAUUUCUUCUUGUGUGUUUAAUUGUUGUAAGCUUUUGUUGUAAAUUCAAUGGCAAGAAUUAGAGGCAGAGCAGGGUACAAACCACGCCCUUAUAAGAAAACAGAGGUUUUGCAAUGGCUUAUAUCCCUUCCUUUAGCACCCGAAUUUCAUCCGACCCUCGAAGAAUUUCAGGAUCCUAUUGGUUAUAUUCAAAAAAUUGAGAAAGAGGCUUCUGUGUAUGGUAUUUGUAAAAUCAUACCCCCUGUCUUGUUGCCCUUGAUGAAAACCACAUUUGAUCAACUUAAUAAGUCUUUGUUGGCCUGUUCUGCCUCCCCGGAAGGCGAAUUAAAGCCAACAUUCACCACUCGGGUGCAGGAAGUUGGUUCUUGCCAGAGAAAACACUACCCUGUGAUUAAAUCUGUGAGGGAGAGUGGUAAGACUUACACCGUUGCUGAAUUCGAAGCAAAGGCUAAGUCUUUCGAAAAAAGCUUUUUCAAGGGAAGUUCGAUAGAAAAGGGGGCUUUAAGUUCUCUUGAAAUCGAAAGCCUUUAUUGGAAUGCUAAUGCUGAGAAGCCCUUUGAGGUUGAGUAUGCAAAUGACAUGCACAUAUCAGCUUUCGUGGAGUUGGAGAAGCGGAGGGGUGGAGAUGGAUUGAAUGAAUAUUUAAAUGUGGGAGAUUCUAAUUGGAAUUUGAGGGGAACUGCAAGGUUAGAAGGAUGUCCCCUGAGGUUCAUAAAGGAUGACAUACCCGGGGUUACAUCCCCAAUGGUCUAUAUGGGCAUGCUCUUCACCUGGUUCGCGUGGCAUGUAGAGGAUCAUGAUCUACAUAGCCUGAAUUACAUGCACAUGGGGGAUAAGAAGACAUGGUAUGGGGUGCCUCAGGAUUCUGCAGCUGCUUUUGAGGAGGUCAUCAGAAAUCAUGGCUAUAGAGCUGAGAUGAAUCCUAUCUGUGAGUUUGGUUAUUAUUGA